AUAAAUACGCGCCGACUCUCCUUUUCGAAAAAAGAGGUGGCCGAAAAAAGCCUCAUCCCUCAAAAUUAACACAGAAAUACUUGGAAAAAGGGGAACUAUAUAAAUAAAAAUCGAAUCUUGGAGCUUUUCCGUCGUCUUUCCGUCCCACCACGGCCCUCUCUCUCGUCUCCGGCCUCUCUCCCUCCGACUUCUUUGGAAAAUUUCCAAUUUCCAAUUUAAAGGGUGCGUGAAGGGUUUAUAGCAGAUUUCUUAAUUCUUGGGACAAGAUUGAUUCUUUGAGUUGUCACAUUGUAGAAGUGGGAAAAGAUUAAACGGAGAGAAAUGGGUUUUACUUUGUUUUCGUCUUCAAAGGAGAUUUCAUUUUCUUGCUUAGAGAGCAUUUCUCAGAACAGGAAUUGGAAACAUGUUUUGCCCAAGACUUUCAGUCGACUCGGUGAGCUGAACAGAGAGGAAAAAGGUGAUGGUGUUGUGAAGAAGGGGUCUGUGUCGAGUCAUUUAGUACGAGGACACUUGGAAGGGUCGUUUGUCUGGAAGAAACAGCUCAAAGAAGCAUCAUCGAAGCUGGAUUUUGUACGCACGUUGCUGAUUGAUAACUAUGAUAGUUACACGUAUAACAUUUAUCAAGAGUUAUCCGUCAUUAAUGGAUUGCCACCGGUGGUGAUCCGUAAUGAUGAGUGGUCAUGGGAAGAAGUUUUCCACUACCUGUAUGAAGAAAAGCUAUUUGACAACAUCGUGAUAUCUCCUGGCCCUGGUUCUCCAACCUGUGCUGCUGAUAUAGGAAUAUGCCUCAGGCUACUGCUUGAAUGCAGUGACAUCCCAAUUCUAGGUGUUUGCCUGGGCCAUCAGGCUUUAGGUUAUGUGCAUGGUGCUCGGAUCAUCCACGCCCCCGAACCUAUUCAUGGACGGCUAAGUGAUAUCGAGCAUAAUGCUAGUGAACUAUUUAAUGAGAUUCCUUCUGGACAAAAUUCAGGAUUUAAGGUGGUCCGGUACCAUUCUCUCGUGAUAGACCCAAGCUCACUUCCAAAAAAACUUGUACCUAUAGCCUGGACAUCAUCCCACGAAACAAUCCCAUUUCUUGGACUCCAAAAUCUUGAUUCCUGCCUUGAUGGUUUUGAGAGACGAGGUGACCUGAAAUUUUUUGCUAAAUCUGUAUCUACGAAGUCAGAGAUGCAGACUAGCAAUAUUCUUAUGGGCAUUAUGCACUCUAGUAGACCUCAUUAUGGCCUGCAGUUUCAUCCAGAGAGUGUUGCUACUUGCCAUGGGAGGCAAAUAUUCAAAAAUUUCGUAGAGAUCACAAAAGACCACUGGUCUCAAUUGAGAUCAUCCUCGGAAAGCAUGAGGGACGUUUAUUGUUCUGCGCGCAUGCAGGUUCCUACGGUAAAUCAACUAUUCCAAGAUGUAGCGAGGAGCAAGCAUUUGAUGAAUGGAUUUGGUAACCUGAAGCAUGCCAGCCUCUGCAACUUAAUGAAGUCAUCAUCACACUCGAGAUUUGCAAAAUAUUUGAAGUUGCAAUGGAGAAAACUCGAGUGUUCUGCCAACCAAGUUGGUGGUGCAGGAAGCAUAUUCUCCGAGCUGUUUGGAAGCCAUCGUGCUGAAAACACAUUUUGGCUGGAUAGUUCCUCGACUGAGAUGAACAGAGCUCGCUUUUCAUUUAUGGGGGGCAAAGGUGGAUCACUAUGGAAACAAGUGACAUUUAGAUUGUCGAAUAAGAGUGGCGGUGAUACGUCAUUUACUCAUGGAGGCUAUAUGUCAGUUGAAGAUCGCGAGGGCUCUAUUACAAACACUUAUUUGCAGAAAGGAUUUUUCGACUUUCUGGAUCAGGAGCUCAAAUCAAUCUGCUACGAUGCUGCAGAUUUUGAUGGACUGCCUUUCGAUUUUUAUGGUGGCUAUAUUGGUUACAUUGGGUAUGAUCUUAAAGUCGAAUGUGGCGCGUCUCUGAGUCGCCACAAGUCGAGCACCCCCGAUGCUUGCCUUUUCUUCACGGACAAUCUAGUCGUGAUAGAUCAUCACUGCGAUGAUGUUUAUGUCAUGUCCUUACACGAUGAAGGCACGGGCACGACUUCAUGGAUGGACGAGGUUGAGCAGAAGGUGCUCCACAUGAAACCCCAUCGUCGUCCAACAAAGCCCAUCUCUGUUGCAUCAGCAGGUUUCUCCCCAACACAAGGAUUCUCAGCUGAGAAAUCAAGGCAGCAGUACAUCACGGACGUCGAGAAAUGCCAGAAGUUCAUCAGAGACGGCGACAGCUACGAGCUGUGUCUCACUACGCAGAUGAGGAGAAGCGUGGGCGAGCUGCAUUCCCUCACGCUUUAUCUAGAGAUGCGCGAGAAAAAUCCAGCUCCCUAUGCCGCGUGGCUUAGCUUUCCUAAAGAGAAGUUGUGCAUCUGCUGUUCCUCACCCGAGAGGUUCCUGCGUUUGGAUAGGGAUGGCGUGGUGGAAGCGAAGCCGAUCAAGGGAACCGUAGCUCGUGGAGCCUCUCCGGAGGUGGAUGAGCUGCUCAAGCAACAGCUGCAGUACAGCGAGAAGGACCAGGCCGAAAACCUGAUGAUCGUGGAUCUUCUGAGGAACGAUCUGGGACGCGUGUGUGAGCCCGGCUCUGUGCACGUGCCUCAUCUCAUGGAGGUCGAGUCCUACGCCACUGUCCACACGAUGGUGAGCACGAUACGGGGGCAGAAGCAGCCUGACGCCAGCGCGGUCGACUGUGUUCGUGCUGCGUUCCCCGGUGGCUCGAUGACAGGUGCACCGAAGUUGAGAUCGAUGGAGAUUCUUGAUUCCUUGGAGACCAGCUCCCGGGGCGUCUACUCUGGGUGCAUAGGGUACUUCUCUUACAACCAGACGUUCGACCUCAACAUUGUCAUCAGAAGUGUCGUCAUCCACGAAGGCGAGGCCUCCAUAGGAGCCGGAGGUGCCAUCACGGCUCUCUCGAAUCCAUCCGACGAGUACGAGGAAAUGGUGCUCAAAACCAGAGCACCAACCAAAGCUGUUAUGGAGUAUCAGAACAGCAUUCUCUCUAUAGAUGAUGAGCCAUAGCGGAGCGCGAUCCGAUCCCACUAAGUUCGUCUUAGGCGAUGUCGUUUGGCUUCGUGUUGAUUCACCCAUUAUAGGAGAAAUUGGUGUGCAGAUCAAAGGCUCAAGCGGAACUGUGUCCCACACAAAUAUAUUGAAGUAAGAAGCAAUAGCUUCUGAUUUGAGACCAAGUAUCGAUACGAGUUUGUUGGUAUUCGAAAUUUUAAGUCAAAAUUACAUGAGAUUUUUUUUUAAAGAUAAACGAUUCUUCAUUUUCUUUACUCGAGAUUGGUCGGUAGAAGUAGUAUUUAGAAUUGUAUCAGAAAAUAUUACUCCACAAAUUUGAAGUAAAAACACUAUGAGAUGUGUUUUUUGGUA